GGGCACAGUGUAUUCCACAAAUGAAUACAAAUAAAAAACUGCGUUGUCUAUUUUGUCAGAUUUUGGAUCAUGUUUGACAAUCCGUCAUGAAUAUUCAUUACGUUCACAUCAAUAUGCAUCACGCAGAAAAGUCUGGCGCUCUUUGCGUGGUUGCGUCACAGGGUGAUUCCUGUAGAGAUCGCGCGUAACCCAUACGCUCAAUACUUUGUUGAAUGUAGUUGCAAAAAGCUCGAUUUAGGUUUUUCGAUAUCCGAAAAUCGCUUGCUAUCUUGGUGUUUUUCGUCUUUGCCUCGCGUUUGUGGAUACAAUCACGGUGUCAGCAGUUUUCUACGUUAGAUCUAAAGCCAUCAGCUUAAAUUCGCUGGUGAUCAACGAGGAUCGAAGACAAGAUACCACCAUCAUCAUCGAUAAUUGAGGUCUGGACGAAAUAAUACACGGUUCCGCUUAAUUUUAGCUGAACCGUGAUCUAAUCGUCGAAAAAUCUGGUCGUUUGCUUAGUAUUACAGUUUUGAUGACGAGACUAACGUACUCUUAGCCUAUGGCAAACCUCCAUUCGGUUGUGCGGUAACGUUAGCUUAUUAGUUAUCGGUUAAAUUCAAAAGCACCCGGACUUGCAUAUAUUUUCAACUGGAAGAAAUUUCGCUUUUUCUCAAAGUGACUCCACAAGAUCAUUCGCAGGAAAUCAAAACAGCCAGCACCAAGGACCACCCAACUUUGUAGUACUAACGUUACCCCACCAUGUUGGGUAUUAUGGAUCAUCACCAAGACACCGUCCGGAAUUGUAAAACGGAGGCUUUGCCUCCGGAGCGUAGGAAAAGGACCGUAGAGGAUUUCAAUAAGUUUUGCAGCUUUGUCCUGGCCUAUGCUGGGUACAUUCCACCUCAGAAAGAAGAGAGUUCAUGGUCUCCAUCUUCAUCUCCAUGUGCACACGAGCUUUCUGAGCUCUCGGGCGAAGGGUCCGUAAAGGAUAGCUGGACAGAUGCACACUCCAGCCUCGACAACAUUCACAGUUUGGUCCACAAAGCUGAGACCGACAGGACCAGCACAGAGUUCAGCCAUCUUCAGUCAGACAGCUCCUUAGACAAGAUGAGACUGAAAGACUCUCUGGACCAGAUCCGUCUGCAUAGUAAAGCUGAGCGGAAGAAGGUGAAGAAACUCGGACGCUUCUCUUUAGGAGGGUCGAGAAAAAGCAUCUCGGAGGCAAGAGCACACAAACAAUCGAAAGCAGCACUAAAGAAAUUGAAGAGAUCGGUAAAGGCUGAGAGACACUUUCAAUCCACAAGCCCUUUGAACGAGGGGCUUCAAAAGGAGGAGGAGCUAACAGAACAGGCCAUUCACAUGCAUGAGGCGGGGCUUAAACUGGAGUCCAAUCAAGAAACAGACCUGAGCUCUUGCGAAACGGACACAUUGGUGACUGAUGAGGAUAUUAUGGUAGAAUCUGGUGAUGAUUCAUGGGAUUUGAUUACGUGUUAUUGCGGGAAGCCUUUUGCCGGACGUCCCAUGAUUGAAUGUGAUGAGUGCUCCAUAUGGGUCCAUCUCUCCUGCGCUAAGAUUAAGAAGUCCAACGUACCUGAUAUUUUCUACUGCUACAGAUGCAGGGACACUCGGGGCUCCACGGUCAAAAGAGACCACCGAGAAUGAAUGUAUGGGAGCAGAUCCUGUGUGUGUAUUUAAAUGAAUGAGACGUUCUCAUACCUGUGCUUUUUACUAUUCUGAUUACUCUUAAUUAGUUUCUGUUAAAUUAAAAAAAAGACUGCAUUUGUUCUCCUUUGUUCUGUGUUGAAAGGCUGGUCUUGGUUUAUGACAUUAAGUGUUUUUCAGGUAUAAGGCAUACUAAAACUCAUGCACUUAUUUGCACUACUAUAUGUCAAGAUGGGUGAAUCUCACAAAACCAGUCAAGGAAAAUUGACCAUAUUUUAGGACAAUUAAGAUUUUGACAUUUUACAACAUUUUUCUCAUCAAAGUUUUCAUAUUUAUGAAUCCAGAUACCAUGUACAAAGCAUCCAUUAAAACAACUCCAUUUCCAGCAAAGAGGUGUUGUUCCAAUCCAGUAUUUUUCUGUCUUGCCCCUGGGGGCCCCUUAGCACAGGUGUCGCACUAAACCGACACACCUUAUUUGUGUCAUGGAGCACUGUAUGAAAGACUUAAGUGCAAAUAGGAGUGGUAGAUAAGGAACACCUCCAGCUCAGAUCUGUACAACGCUGUUCAAAUCAAUCUCAUUGUUUUUUCUAAGUAAUGUUUUCAGUCUUGUGAUGAAUAUCCUCACUUUUAUUGUUACAGGAUGUUCUCAGAUUAACCUUUGCCCAUUGUAAAGCAGAUAUCAGCGUAUAUAGACAGUUUUACUGCUUGAUUUGUGUUAUUUGUGUAUCCUGUCAAAAACAAUGGUAGAAUUGAGUUUUUGAUUUUAAGACUGAAAACAGAUUUCUCUUAUUUUGUUCAUGCGUCCUGCAUCCCAGUGUAAAUAGUACAUGUAUGUACAGGUGUAUAUGUUUGAAAGAUGAGGAAAUGCUAUAUUUUUCUGACCAUUUACAGCAGUGAAUUCUAAAAAAAUAAAUGUUCUUUUAAAGUCAAGCCA